UGUGUGUGUGAGAUCGGGACUUGGAGCGAAGGGUGUUUUCCUGCUUAACACAAUUACCGUCCUUCCGCAGCCUCAGUGCCUUCCUUUACAAUUUGUUUUUUUUUGAGAUUGGCAGUUUUAUUUACCUAUCCCCACAAAAAAAACACCAAUGUUUUCAGAUACAGUAUAAGCUAAUGUGUUCGACUAGCUACUGUAAGAGAAACGACAGAGAGAGAGAAGGGAAUUACAACCGCCAGCAGCAGGGAAAAAACAAAGCGCAGAUAAGAUGCCGCGACGGGGCGAAAGCUUCCUGCUCCUCGAACAGGCCGUCACCGUCGACUCGAAGGAGAUCGACGCUCUGGUGGCUAAAAUUGGGGAGACUUUGCAGUUCCAGCGGAUCCCCAACGGCAGCAACGGCGGAGGCGUGAAGCAGCAGCAGCAGCAACAACAAUAUCAGCAGCAGUACCCACAACAACAACAGCAGGAGCCGCGUGUCUCGGCCAAAUGUGGAAUGUGUGGUAUCGAGCGCUGGAAGGUUCCCAGCCGCAACAAACCGUACAGCGUUCCGAGCCGAGCCCGGGAACCGGCACCGCCAGCAAACAGCAAGAGCAAACACCUCAUGAGGCCAUCCCCAGAGUGCGCCCCGCGAUACCAACAGCACCCCCACCAGAAACUCGAACAGCUCCUGUCGUCCGGCAACCUGAUCAAAGAGGCAGUGAGGCGCCUCCAUACCCGACACCACUAUGCACACAUCUACUCCGAGAAGCUGACCCUGUAGCUGAGACGUUUAUUCACCAUAACACUGGAGAUCGCAACGAAGAUUUAAAAAAGAGUGAAGAGAAAAAAGAAGACCCCAAUAAUAUCUUUAUUAGUGUAGGUGGCUGACUGUGGGAAACCGUUGAAACGAUCACCACUCCAAUUGACGUAGGGCUACCGAAUAUCCCUGUGAAAUUUAAAAGCAUAUUUUUUGAAAAGAUGAUUUGUUUUAACGCACUGUACGAUAUUCUUAGGAAGGUUAAUAAAACCUGAGGGAUCCACUUUUGCACCAGUCCUAUGACUAUAGAGUUUUUUUCAAACAAACGAUGCAAAAACAAAAGGUAAUCUUUUGGAUGUUGACUUUAUUUUUUGAACGGGUAUUCCUGAGGUUACACAACACACCAUGUUUACAGCAGAGAAUCGCACCGCCUGGUGCUUGUUUUUGAAGUCGGACACCACAAGGUCGUUAUCACGUCGACCUUGAUUUGUUUUUUCGUUUCUGUUUGGACUCCGUGUUUUGACUGACCCUUUCCACAAAUGUUUGAAUUCCCCAAACCGUUUUUUCAGCGGUGAACUGAAUAACACAUGGCAGCUGAGCCGAAACAACCCCGCAUUCCGACUCUAGACACAGUACACCAGGAAUUCCGCGAACUGUUUACAGUACGUGUCGUAACCCACUGGCUUUGGGACCUGGUUUAAUGGAAAAGUAGGGUUAAGUUCGCUGUUAUUUAAUAGCCAGUUAUAUAUUUUAGCUACAGUAAAUACAAGUGUAUACUUCGUAACGGAGUACUCUGUUGUUCCUGUUAUCCAGGAAUUGAUGUGUUGAAUAAAAUAAUUCAGUUAAA